CAGCGACACAAACUGGAGCAGCAGCACUCAAAACAGUAGGGGAUUAAGUGGGCUAUUAAUAACUAGAGGAUUUCAUUGAUCAUUUUGAAGACCCGUAUUCCAUAUUCCUGUGCACGGCAGCCAUGGAGGAGGACGUCCAGUUAGAAAGUGACAACUGUGAGAGGAGCUCGGGAGUGAAGUUAGACCGGAACAUAUCUGUUAGCGAAUUUUCCUGCAAUUGUUGCUAUGAUAUAUUGGUGAACCCCACCACCCUGAAAUGUGGUCACAGCUUCUGCAGACAUUGCCUCGCCCUGUGGUGGUUGUCUUCAAAGAAGACUGAGUGUCCCGUAUGUUCUGACAAGUGGGAAGAGUGUCCCAAAGUGAACAUGCUUCUUAGGGAAGUCAUUAAAAAACUGUUUCCUGAUACCAUAAAAGAAAAAUAUGAGGCCGUUGAGCAGAACAUUGACAUUGUCAGAGCCCUGCAGGUCUUCAAUCAGUAUGGGAAUGAACAGAAUCAGUUAAGUUCCAGGGAAAAGCAGGCUAACCACCAGAGGGACGGAGGUGACCACUUGAUAACUAUAUUAACUGGAGUAGCAGUAAGUAACCCUCAGAUUAUGUUACUGCUGUGUCACUGGAGCUACCGCGAAUCUGAACAUGACUUCUCGGUCCACAAACCAGUGAUCAAGUGUACCCCUGAAGAGGUAGUCCUUUGGCUUGAACAGUUGGGUCCAUGGACGUCCCAUUACAAAGACAGAUUUUUAUCUGGAAUGGUAAAUGGAAGGCUACUACUGACACUGUCUGAGGAUGAGUUUUCAAAAGAGCCAUACAGUAUAGAGAGCAGCAGUCACAGGAAAUCCAUCAUCAUGGAGCUGGAAAGAGUGAAGACACUUGGGGUGAAGCUACCUCAGAAUAAGGCUGUAAACCCUAGAAAAUCCCUUGUCCUGUUUUAUGUCCUGAAGACCUCACCGCGGCUCAGCAUGUUAGGCAUGUAUUUGUUUGAUUAUACAGAGACCUUUUUACCGUUCAUCCACUCUACAUGUCCUCUGCAGGAGGAGGAUGAAGAAGACGUUCUAACCAAAUUCAGAGAUUUACAGGAUCCAACAUGGACACAGUGGCGUGAGUUUCUUGUCAAAUACGUGUUUCUUCCAUAUCAACUUCUUGCUGAGUUUGCAUGGGACUGGCUAGAAAUACAUUACUGGACUUCUCGAUUUAUAAUUGUAAAGGCCAUGAUUAAUUCAAGACGGGAGUUACAUUCAUUUUAUAUACUGUGGAGGACCAGACAAAGAUGGUCCGUCUCUCUACUUAUUUGGGGCCAUUUGGCGAAUAUAUUAGCCUACGGACUUUGUCUUUUCAUCUUCUGGACUAUAACCCCACAAUUUAUCUGUAACUUUGUGCUUUAUUAUGAUAUGUAUAUCAUUUCCUCUUACUAUAUGGUGGUAAAGUUCCAAGAACUGGGCAUUCGAGCAAUAUGAGACAUGACGGCGUUCCUACCCAGGGUUGGACACAAAUUGUCACUCUGAAUUAAUGGA